AUGGCAGGCAGCAAGAUUCUCGUUCUUGGGGGCACAGGGCCGGCGGGCAUCUGUCUGUUGCGGGAGCUCAUUCAUCGCGGUCACGCGACUGUUGUCUUCGCCAGGAAUCCCGCCAAGAUACCCCAUGACUUGGCUUCAAGUCCUCUGAUCGAAGUUGUCAAAGGCGAAAUGAGCGACUCGACCGCUUUGUCGUCUGCAAUGGCACAAUGCUCAGUCGUGAUUUCUCUUUUGGGCCCAGAUAUCAACAACACCAAGAUCGACCCAUCGCUCUUUGCGGACAUUUACCGGUCUUACGUGUUUCCAUCAAUGAGGAAGCAUGGCGUCAGACGCAUUCUCGCUAUGGGCACACUGUCUAUCAAGAAAUCCGAAGACCAUUGGACUAUGUUUCAAACCAUGGUUACCACGUUCAUGUGUCUCUUCGCUAGUGCCAUCUACGGCAACAUGCUGAAUCUUGCCAAGGCAUUCGAGAACGAAGCUGACGGUCUUGAUUGGACGGUUUUCCGCAUCGCACAGAUCCCUGGAGAGUCUGACGAGGAGGGUUGGAGGAAAGACAGAGAAGAACAACUUUUCACAGGUUGGAUUGGUGAAUCAGGUUGGACAUCCUCUAUGAAGAGAGGAGCGUUGGCGAAGUGGCUUGCAGAUGCCGCUGAGGGUAAGGCGGAUGGUUGGAUCGGGAAGAUGCCGGCUCUGAGUUCCUCCGCGCCCAAAUAG